AUUUGUUUCUCUCUUUCAACUCUCAUCGGUUAAUUUGUUUUUCUUUAAUUUUUUGUUUACAAUUAAAUUUCUCCAAUUAAAUCGCAAUAAAUUCACAAGUUAAAGCCUUAAACUAAAUUAACAUGUUAAAGUUAUUACCAUACCUCUUGUUUAUCCAUAUUGCAGAAUCUGUAACUAUGCAAAGAUUAGCUCCACUUAUUGAUCUCGAAAUUGGUGGUUCUGUGCAAUUAGAUUGUGAACUUCGUGGAAAUGAAAUAAGAUGGUACAAAUUAGUCGAACUUGAUAAACCUCAGCUAAUACGAGGUGAUGAAUACAAUAGAUACAAAUUAUCUGCCAAUAAUCGUACCCUGACUAUUGAAGAUCCGAGGAAAAAUUCUGACGAAGGGGAUUACUCUUGUUCAACAAGCUCUACAAACACUCAGAGUUUCAGAGUUAGAGGAAAACCUGAAUUCGCAACGUUCAAAGCCGCUGAUCAUAUCAAAGACAUGGACUCAUUCAAUGUCAUUCAAGAUGAUGAUUUGCAUCUAGUUUGUGAAGUUUUACUUCGAGCAGCAUUUAAAGACGACGAAAUUAACUUUGCUUGGUAUCGUAAAUUUCCUAAUGGAGAUGAAGAAAUGUUAACAAAUCUAAAUAUUACCAAUGGUGAAGAUUCAAGUGUAUCAUAUGUAAGCAGAAAGUCAAUCAUUUCUUUGGAGGAUCUUAAAUUUACCGAUCGAGCUCAAUACAUUUGCGAAGCAUCGAAUGGUCAAAUUAAAGCAAACAGUACAGUUAAUGUACGAGUAAAGGAUAAAUUAGCCGCUUUAUGGCCAUUCCUGGGAAUUGUGGCCGAAGUUGUUAUUCUAUGUUCAGUCAUUUGUAUCUACGAAAAGAGAAGGGGAAAAGCUGAGUUCGAGGAAGCUGUUGGUAAAAGUGUACUCAAAAGUCCUGCGCAUUCAAAAUGACGAUAAUAUUGUUAACUUGGAUUACCAUUAAUCAAAAGAAAAGGAUCAACAAGAUCAACUCAUCUUAUCUUAUGCUUACCUUUAAAUUAGAUUAUGACCUUAAACACAGUGAUCAAAAUUUUACGCUUUUACUUUAAAUGGACAUUGGAAAGGGGGACACACAAACAACUACGAAACUACAACAACUAAGGCGAUGAGAAAAAAAAGUUAUCAAAAUUAUUGGAAAUGAGAAUCAAUUUCCAAUGAGUUACGUCUGAUGGAUAUGUAUAAAUGGUCAAUUGUUAUCAAAUUGUCGACAUAAUUGAUGGUCAGGUUAAUGAAGAUAAUAUAUCGAAGUUGAUGAUCGUUUAAAUGAUCAAAGUCUCUAUUUCUCAAAUGUUUUUUUUUUCUAAAAGAAAAAUAUUCUUUACCAUCUAUUGAUUAGUAAAAAAAAAGUAAUUAACACCGAGAAAUUUGACAAUAUCGAACGAGAAAAACAUGAUUAGUUUAAUUUUAAUUGUUAUUAUACUUUUAUCCUUUUAAUUCACCGAUUCAACUCUUUCUGGUUCCUCUUUCUCACUGCCUAUCUUGAUAAUCUGAAUCUCUUGGAAUCCAUGAUUCUUAAUUGUUGCCAUUUAUCGUUCUAUAAAUACAUGAAUAUCAUAAAUAUCAGUUGUAACAACUUGUAACUCACAGAAUUCAAUAUGUAAUAACUAUUUUCCUGCCCCUGCAACCAUUAAAUGAACAACUCAACAGGAAUUCAUGUGUAAUAUUGGUAAGAACAAUUCUAUUUAAAAUAAACUAAAAUCGAACCUCGAUUAACAAUUAAUAAUA